GUCUAGUCUUUUACUUAUAGUAAUAUGUUAGCAAAUAAUGGUAAUUAUAUAAAUAAUAUAAUUUAUUAUGGGGCAUAUUACAGGUUAACUCCACAAAACCUGUAAAAGCCAUUGAAAUUGCGAUCAUCACUAGCACAUUUUUCAGGUUAGGUACCAAUUGCCACGAACAGUGAUUAACUAGUAUCAUUAACAAUUUCAAUAAACCAAAAAGGGAUGGGUAAUAUAAUGUCUGUAUCCUUUGCCCCAGAAUGCACAGAUGCAAAGCUUCAGUAUGAUGAUUGCUUUAAUAAAUGGUAUACUGAGAAGUUCUUAAAGGGGAAAUCGCUUGAAAAUGAAUGUACUGAAUUUUGGGAUACUUAUAUAACAUGUGUGAAUAGUGCAUUAGCUAAACAAACUGUUAAACCAAUGUUAGAUAAAGCUAGAGAAGAUCAACCAUUUACUAGUGAAGAAAUUAGAGAAAGUGCAGGAACUCUGAAGAAAUGAUUUACCAUUUGAUCAUAGACUUAUACCUGUAAACAAUCCACCAAAUAACAUCACAUCUCACAUCGCAUAACUCCAACUAAGAGGUACACUAACUACUAAGUAUCUUUAAUGAAGUAGAAUCUUGUAUAUACUGUAUAGAAUAGUCAAUGUAAUUUACGACAACUCAUGGACUUUAUUAACUUGAACUUAAUUUGUAGUUAAUUUUCAAUCCCACACUUGAAUGGUUUAACAGUCUCUACCAAAUUAAUGAGAUCAUGACAUAUUUAACUGAGAUCCAUCUUUUAACUACUAUAUAACAUGUAAUCACCACUUGUAACUACUAAUCAUUAAAAGUGUAAAAAUUUAUAAUGUGGACCUGCACACAAGCACCACCACU